AUGAAAAGUGAAUCUCUCGAGAAAGCAAUGGACUACAAAAAAUAUAUUUGCGAUAGUUCUUCUGAUAAUCACUUUAAUAGAUUGCAUGUGUUAUGCGAUGGUUAUCUGCUAACAGAAGACGGUUCUGAGUUUGGAAUUCAUAAGAUUAUUUUAGCGCUGCAUAGUAACUAUUUUCAAGCUCUUUUUGGCUUUGGUAAUGGUCCUGGAAAAUAUAUGCUUAUACCAGGUAUAGAUGGACAUACUCUUAACAACGUUCUGUCCUACAUUUAUACGGGAUCCGUUCACUUGUGUGAUGAAAAUAUUCGGGAAAUGUUAGUUGCCUCAGAUUACUUAAUGGUUGAACCUUUGUUAAAGGAAUGUAGAAUGUUUGCUGUUCAUAAGAUGACAGUCACCAGUUGUUUGCCAUUGUUCGUUACUGCCUGGGAAAAUGAGAGUUUGAGUAUUUUAAAUAAUUGCUAUCGGUUUAUACAAACUCAUUUUGAAUGUAUUCUUCGUCAUCCAAAAUCAGAUAUUAGCAAACUUCCCUUUGAAGCUUUGAAGAAACUUCUUGGAGAUAAGAGCUUGAACGUUUCAAGAGAAAGGACUGUUUGGUUAAGUAUCAUCUUAUGGGUAGAGAAGAAGCUUCCUGAGAGACUGCUGCACGUCCCCGAACUCUUGAAGCAAAUGAGCUUAAAAGAUAUGGAUGAAGUACUGCUAAAUAAAAUCGCUUUGCAUCCUAUAGUUCAACAUAAUCCAGCUUUUGAACAUACCUCAAAGAACGAAGAAACGCAUAUCUCAGAAUUGAAGUCUUUACUCCUGCACAAUCAAAAUUUCUGCUUGAACGGUCCUCGCGUCCCAUUGUACUUGAACCUGAUCAUAUAUCAUUGCGCAUUUGAUUUUAAGGAUAAUAUCCAAAUUUUUCUUACGUAUGACGACAAGCUAGACAUCUGGCGAAAGAUUAGUGAAGCAGCAUUUUACCCGGAUAUCAUAAUUCCUUGCAAGCAAUAUGUUUACCUGUUCAAUACUUGGGAAAAUAGCUGCAUAAUCUUUGAUAUAAUCGACAAAAGCUGGACUAUGCCUAACAACAUGAAUAUCACGAGAUAUGAAUAUUCUGUGGUCAAACUAGAAGACAGAGUGUAUUCUUUGGGAGGUUGGACUGAAGAUAACGUACCAACAAAUUCAGUAGAGUACUAUGAUCCUGAUAUGAAUAUAUGGUUUCAAGCAAAUCCGAUGCACCCAAUGAAUUCAUAUGUAGCUGUUUCCCUGAACGGGCAGAUAUAUGUAUUUGGUGAUAUCAGUGACGACGAAGAUUUAAUUAUGGGAGCACAAGUUUACAAUCCGCACUCGGACGAAUGGAAUACUAUUACACCUCCAAAAGUAUUACGUGAAGACUUUGCUGCAGUAGUUUACGAAGGUUAUAUAUACCUCAUAGGAGGUCAUAACAACAUUAAUGCACUGUUCAAUGUAGAAAUGUAUGAUCCAGUCAAAGAUACAUGGUUAGAUCUGCCCUGUUUACCUUUUCCUUAUUUCAUGCCGAAGGCUAUUGUCUUGCAAAAUAUGUUGUUAGUGUUCGACAAUCAUCUAGAUGACCGUAAAUAUUACAAAACCUCCCCACCUUUACUGUGGAACAUGAAUGAAUGCAGUUGGCAAGUCAUCAGCACACCUUCACCAAUGAAUGAAUUACAUUUGUAUCACUUUUGUGAGUUGGAUGAUUACGAAAUCGUCGAAAUCCUUACUCGAGAAAACAGAUGCCUAGAAACGCAGUGGGAAAGGAGCCCUUUUGCUUAA